AAACCAUAAUUGUUAGAUACACUAUGAAUAUGCGUGGCCCAAAUACAAAGAUGUUAAUUCUUUACAGAACAUUUCCACAGUUUUUUGCACCAUAAAUGUUGAUAAGAUUAUGAGGAUAUAUAUUUGUUUUUUUAACUCCCGCUUGAAGUAGUUUUUUUUAUUAGAUCUGAACAUAUGUACAAGUAGAUGUCUGGAUAAUAUGGUUAUAGACGAUAAAGGUUAAGACAGUUAUAUCUCCAAAAACAAUAGGCUAAUAAAUUGGCAGUUAAUGACUGGUCUUGUCGGGGGAUAUAAAACCAAUAGUGGUUGCUCGCAGAUACGCUUAGUUUUUGUCGCGAUGUCUUCCGAUUCACUUCGUAUAAUACAAAUUUUAUUGCUCUGUGCUUGCAGUGCCUUCGCGGCCAGUGAUGUCGAUUGGUGGGAGUCGGCCACGCUCUACCAAAUCUAUCCACGCUCCUUUAUGGAUAGUGAUGGCGACGGUGUGGGUGAUUUGAAUGGCAUUACGUCGCGGCUGGCAUUCCUCAAGGAAAUAGGCGUGACCGCCACUUGGCUGUCGCCCAUCUUCGAGUCACCAAUGGCCGAUAUGGGUUAUGACAUUUCGAAUUUCACGAAAGUUGAACCACUGUUCGGCACAAUGGAGGAUUUUGAUGCUAUGGUGGCAAAAGCGCAUGAGUUAGGCUUGAAGAUCAUUCUAGAUUUUGUGCCAAAUCAUUCGAGUGACGAGUGUGAGUGGUUUCAAAAGUCUAUAAGACGUGAGGAUGGUUAUGAUGACUUCUAUAUAUGGGACGACGGUAAGAUAGAUCCACAAACGGGUGUACGUAUACCACCAAGCAAUUGGAAUUCGGAGGUCAAUGGCUCGGCAUGGUCGUGGAACGAGCAGCGCCAACAGUAUUAUUUUCACUGGUUUCUAUUUAAGCAACCGGAUUUGAAUCUUAGAAAUCCAAUGGUGCGCCAACGUUUAAUCGAUAUUAUGAAAUUUUGGCUGGCGCGCGGCGUCGAUGCUUUUCGCAUCGAUGCUGUGCCACAUUUUUUUGAAAUGCGCUUAGCGAAUGGCACAUAUCCAGACGAGCCAGUUAGUGGAAUUACUAACGACACAAAUAGUAACAAGUACCACUCACACAUUUACACAUUUAAUCAGCCCGAGAAUUUGGAGAUAUUGUACGAAUGGCGUGAGGUUUUAGACGAGUACCAGCGUCAACAUGGUGGCGACACACGCGCUAUGGUGGCUGAAGCUUAUGCAACUGCCGACAUUUUAAGCGACUAUAUCAGCAAUGGCACCCAUUUCGGCACUCAACUGCCCAUGAAUUUCAACUUUAUAAGUUUGAGAAGCAAUAUGAAUGCGAAAGACAUUGAAAGAUUUGCCAAUAGUUGGAUGGAUGUUAUAUGGACCAAACACAAAACAGCCAACUGGGUGUUCGGCAAUCAUGACAACAGUCGCCCGGCGACGCGCAUAGGUGAAAAACGAGCUGAUAUGAUGACGAUUAUAGCACACGCUCUGCCUGGCACAUCCGUUACUUAUUAUGGUGAUGAAAUCGGUAUGACCGAUUAUGACACUAAAUGUACGCCCAGCAAUUGCGACUUCCGUGACCCCGUACGGACACCACUGCAGUGGAGUUCUGCAAAAAAUGGCGGUUUCAGCACAGGCAACUCAACAUGGUUGCCCGUCAAUUCAAAUUUCAAGACACUCAAUGUACAGCGACAGCGAGGCGUUGCACGUAGCACACUGAAUAUAUACAAAGGUAUGACAGCACUUAAGAAAACGCUUGCUUUCAAAUCGUACAAGGAGGAGGGUGGUUUCGCGUAUGAGGCUUUGACAGAGCAAGUCUUUCAAAUUAUUAGAACGGCACCAAAACUUGAGGAGUAUCGUGUGCUUGCCAACUUCGGACGUCAGAUCGAGUAUUUAUAUGGUUUGACAAAUAAAACUAUGGAGUAUGUCUUACUUAACGCUUACUCGCCGCACAGAUUCGGUGAUAAAGUGGACUUGAGCAAACGAAUUACCCUAAUGCCCUAUGAAGCUGUGGUGCUGCGAUGGGUUGCUUGAAGUAUUUAUAAGAAUUAAUUUAAAUUUAAAUGUAAUGGCCGCCAAAAGCAGGGAUGCAUAGAUAUUUUCAAUUUAUACCUCACAUUUUUCCAACAGACAAACAUGUUGUGAUUGAUUGUACUUCAAUACAUUUAUUUAUGAUAUGCAAAGUUUAAAGAGGAACAAGUAAAAAUGAACAGAUAAAAAUUGCAUAUUAAA